ACCGAUAACCGCGAAUACAACUCUCCGACGCCAACGCUAUCUCAGCCGCUGUGACGCAGAAAAUUGUGUAAAAAUUAACUAUUUGAUUAUUUAUAGAGGGUUUGCGGCGUCAAAAGUGCUGGAAGAGUGGCCCCCAUCCGGUGUCCGAGCAGUUUUUGCCAAGAGCAGCCAGUAAACAAACGCUGCUGAUGCGCGACAUGGCGGACUUGGACGCUGUGCACCUGGGCCUCGACGAGAACGAGGCGGACAUUGCCGAGGAGCUGCAGGACUUUGAAUUCAACACCCGUAGUGAGGCCUCGGAGUCGAAUGGCGGAGACUCUUCUGACUCGGAGCCCAGCAUCAGUUCGGUGAGCACGGCCACCUCCUCGCUGGUGGGCAGUUCCAAGCGCAAGACCAAGAAGGCGACCAAGGAGGCCCCUGCCCCAGCUGCCGAAACGAAGAAGACAUCCUCGAAGAUUUCAAAGAGCAAGAGGGAACUCACACCGGAGGAAGUCAACGGCGGCAAGAAGAAGAAGGUUUCCAAAAAGACCUCUUCCGAGUCAUCAGAGAAGGAGCAGGGAAAAACGUCGUCCGGAGAAGGGCGAGAGCCACAGGCGAAAAAAUCCCGCGGUAAGAAAAGUACCACGGAAUCGGUGGGACACAAGAGCGAUAUCAGCGAAGCUGAGGACGAGAAGCCUGUUGCUCCUUCUCUGGAAUCAGACUCAGAGUCGUCAGACUCAGAUUCGGGCACGCAACACAAGAGAAACGGCGGUAACGGAGGAGCGGGACGGGGAAAGCCCAGUUCCAAGAGCUCCACUCCCGAAAAGGAUGGUGGCUCCCAAUCGCAGCCGCAAAAGGGCUACGACUACAUGACCAAGCUGAACUACCUGUUCCGCGACACGAGGUUCUUCCUGAUCAAGUCCAACAACAGCGACAACGUCCAGCUAUCCAAGAGUAAGAGCGUCUGGGCCACGCUUCCACAGAACGACGCCAAUCUGAACCAGGCCUUCAAAGAGGCCAGAAAUGUGCUGCUCAUUUUCUCGGUCAACGAGAGUGGUAAAUUUGCAGGGUUCGCUCGCAUGGCAGCCCCUUCGCGGCGCGACAUUCCUCAAGUGGCCUGGGUGCUGCCCCCCAGCAUAUCGCCCAAGGCCCUAGGCGGCGUCAUCGAGUUGGACUGGAUAUGCCGCAAGGAGCUGUCCUUCAACGCCACUCUCCACCUGCACAACAGCUGGAACGAAGGCAAGCCGGUCAAGAUUGGCCGGGAUGGCCAGGAAAUCGAGCCCAAGAUAGGCGGCGAGCUGUGCCGACUCUUCCCCGAGGACGAACAAAUCGAAUUGACGCCCAUACUCAAGAAAUCCAAGGAGACGGCCCGUGUAAUGCGUGAGAAGGGCAUCCACGUGAUUUACAAGCCGCCGCGCAGCCUCUCGACCCGAGGCCACGGCACCGGAGGGCCGAGGGGUGCGAACCACAACCAGUUGGGUCCGAUGCGGCACAAGAGGAGCUAUCACGGCGGACCGCCGCAUCACCGUCCGUAUCGCCACCAUCAUCAUCAUGGCGGCAUGGGAAUCCCGCCAGGUGGUGGCUUCAAGCGCAGUGGCUCACCCUAUCGCCAGAUGGGGGCUGGUGGUGCAGGCGGAGCACCCGGUGGUCCCGGCGAGAUGACCAUGCCCUCCUGGGAGCGCUUUAUGUCCUCGGCCGCAGCCGCCGAGGCUUAUGUGGCGGAUUAUAUGCGAAACAUGCACGGCCAACUGCCCCCGCUGCCCUUCGUGCCGCCGUUUUCCCAGCUGCCGAUCGCAGGCGGCGGCGCGGGAGCAGCUGGAGCACUGCCUCCAGGAGCUGCGGCUGCCCUGUACGAACAACUGCCUCCGCCGGUAAGGUACUACGACGGCCCGGGGCCGCCUCCCCUGCCGGACUAUCCACCGCCCCAGAGGCCACCGCCGCCCGGAUUUGACAAAACUCCCAGCUACGAGGAGUUCGCCGCCUGGAAAAACGCCGGCCUACCCACGGUCCCGCCUCCAGGCUUUCCCGUUUACGGGGGGGCUUCCAAUGGAGGCAGUAACGGGGCCGGUGGGGCAGCUGGCGGAGCCCAGGCGGCAGCGGCCGGCGUAGGCCUGGGGCCUGGUGUGGGCGGCAGUGGAGGGGGUUCGGGCAGUAUAGGUGGACCGGGUGGCUACCGGAAUCGAGAUGCCAAUAACGGAUCUUCGGGCGGUCGACGGCGGGAGUACGGCGGAAACCGCAGUGGAUCUUCGCGGGACUCGCGACCUUUUCGGGGCGACCGCGGUGGCCAGCGAAGCUAUCGGGACAACAGGCGCUAGACGAGACCGACUGCUCGCCUAGUCGGAUCUAGAUUCGGUGGAAAGUGUAAUCCUAACCCUCUCGCGUGUGAAAAUGCAAUGAGAAAUAUUGAAUGCGUAUCGGUUAUAAGAAAAGUUUAAUGAUAAUGAUAAUGAUCGCUAUCGUCUUCAAAUCGAUACAACUCUCUUUCAAGCCCUCCCCCUUUCUCUCUGUCCCCCUCGCUACCCCACCCACAUAUAAUAUAAUUUAAACAAACUUACGACAUAAGCAGAAAAUUUAAAUUUCAAUUAAAUAUUUUAAACUAAUGCUAAAAAAUACAAAACAACACGAGAGAAAUGUGAACUUUAUUUAACAGAAAGAGAGAGAGAAAGACUAAAGAGACGCCCAACAACAACUGUUACAACCAACAACAACAACAACCAUGAACGAACUUGAGUUAACACGAGCAGUGCAAUCAGUGAUGUGUGUAAAUGUGUGUGUCCCCCGAUCUAAGCCCCCUCUUGCCUCUUGCCACUAAGCCAGCCGCCCCCCAAAAGUCCCCCAAAACGAGAUUCAGCUCAAGCGGGGCACAGACCCCAUAAGAAAGACUGCCAAGGACGAUGAUCCCGUCCAGUCUCCUGGGAUCCGAUCCGACUCGUUUCGAUUCGUUUGGAUCUGCCCUAUAAGUAGUUUAAAAUUAAUGCAAUCAUAUCUUACGCCUGACUUGUCUUGCAGACAGAAGACCGUCCCAGCUAACAGACACACAUCUACCGUAACCGCCUCGGUCCGGACCUUGGUCCGGGAUCCUUCUCGAACUGUUUUGACUCCUGAAAGGUCAUAAAUCACCAUCGAUUCCAUUCAAAGACUGCCUCUAUUUCGAACUCCCUCGGAGUCCUCGACCACAUCUCUAGAAAUGACAUUUCGGACGGACGUAGGGUAUUUGCUCUGUUUCUUUGCAG